AUUUGCCUCUGUUUUCUUUUUUCGAGUGGAUAAGGUGUAGUCGACAUCGGCGAGUUCUGCCUAAUUUUACUCCGUACGUGCUCGGGCAACUUUCCGCUCUUCAGCGGCGCGAACUGCGCGGAACUUGCAGCCGCCGGCGCGUUCUGCAGCGGUACGGAUUUCCGGAUUGGGAUCCGAACCAGACGCGCUCGAUGUCGAUGUUGUAUCUUCACUGACUGCCAGUCGAAAGCGGGAUUGGAGAACCCAAGAUGACAACUUGGUCCCGCGUUCGGUUCUCCGACGCCGAGACUCGAUUCCACGGCCAAAGAUGGACGCGUUUCGGGUCCGACUCAACUGCAUCGACCACUACCAAGCCACUCCAACUCGAUAUGACCCUCAGCUGCGCAAGGAUGCCCCGCUCAUAGAGGCCAGCAAGCAGCCCAAGGUCCCCGUCAUCCGCGUGUUCGGAUCGACUGAGACCGGGCAGAAAGUGUGCGCCCACAUUCACGGGGCAUUCCCCUACCUCUUCAUCGAGUACCGAGGACCCCUGGACAAGCCCACAGUGUCCGAGUACAUCUACCGACUACAUCUCUCCAUUGACCGCGCGCUAGCGGUCAGUUAUCGCAGGGACCAGUACCGCGAGGCGCCGUCAUUCGUUGCCCGGGUGACUCUGGUCAAGGGCGUGCCCUUUUAUGGCUUUCACGUUGGGUACCGCUUCUAUCUCAAGAUUUACAUGCUGAACCCGGCUGUUAUGAGUCGGCUGGCCGAUCUCCUGCUGCAAGGGGUUGUUAUGGGCCAGAAGUUCCAGCCCUACGAGGCGCACUUGCAGUAUCUCCUCCAGUUCAUGACCGACUAUAACCUAUACGGCUGUGACUACCUCGAUGCCGAGAAUGUCAAGUUUCGCGCCCCAGUCCCUGACCCUGCGGGUCCUGAUGACCCUCCCCGCAUCUGGGACAGCAAUACGAUCCUCCCCGAAGCCAUCACUGACGAGGCCGAGCUCCCCCGGGUCAGCCAUUGCUCCAUCGAGGUGGACAUCUGCGUGCAGCAUAUCUUGAACCGCAAGGCGGUCAAAGAGCGGCCCCUGCACCACGACUUCAUCGAGCGAGAACGCCCAAUCCCCUCUGACUUGAAACUCGUUCACAGCAUGGCUGGGCUGUGGAGGGAUGAGACCAAGCGCAGGCUGAAGCGGAUGGGCAAGUUGAAGCCUGGGAGUAGCCCGUUUCCCCAGGAGGCGCUGGUCACCAUGUCCGCCGACCCGCGUUAUUCGCAGCCGACCAACUGGAUCCACGAGGAAGAAUAUCGAGAGCAGGUGCAGGAGCUGAUCGAGCAGGAGAGCAAACAGGACGGGACAGACUUGACCUUCUCGAAUUACGUCCAACCGGUCCCCCACGGAGACACCGUAAAGACCGUCAUCCAAUCCGUCGAGGACUUAUUCCCCGAGAAUUUGCUCCCAGCGUUAGGCCUCGAGGAUCGCCUGCUUCAAGGGCAUUCUGACGUCGCCAGCAGCAUCCAGAUUGACGAAAAAGGAAUUCUUGAGCUUGACGUCUCCGAGGAGGGGGAGCAGCAGCUCUUUGCUGAAGAUUUGGAUGAGGACCUGGCAAAUACUGGAGAGGUAACGGCGCCCGUGGGAAACAUGAAGCAGAGACCAAGCCGAAAAGACGCUGCUACCGCCUCUACAUACGAUGGGGAGGCGGGGACCAUUCCCGGCAGUGCAAAUGAGCAGCCUCAAAGUCUGGUCGCGAAGCUAAAACGCGACAUUGAGGGCCUAGACGGAGGUUUUGGUGUCAGCGGGCUGCGCUCUGGCAGGCGACCCGUCAUUCCAUUGCCGAAGGAGAUCCUCUCCAAGGCCGCCGAGCUGGAACUAACAUCAAGAGAAAAUGACCACUCAGCGAUCCUGGAAGCGGUUGGAUCAGGUCACCCAAAGCGCGCUUCACCAGCUGUUCUAGAUGAGGUCCCGCCUAAACGGGUGAGGUACGAUGACGAGAGAAAAGGUUUCGGCAAAGUUUCUCUUGGCUCACACCAUCCCGAAUCGAGGUUUGCGGGAGUCAGAACUGAGUUCCUCCUGCCCCGAAGCACGCCCACCAUGCUGGCGGCUUCCUCACAGCCUAAAAGACUGUCUGGUAAAGGGAGCUCUCAGAAGUCCCAAGGGAACCAAACCCUCGGUUUCCCAGUGGUCAAAGAUCAUCGCGAUCCCGACACGAUAUUGCGACUCAGCCAGAAAAGCUCUUCGCAGCGGAGCGACGGCGAUCUAUCAAGUGGCUCCACAAAGAAGCAAGCGUCAUCUGAUCCCCUCCUGCUGGUGUCCGUCCCAGAACCUACGUUUGAUUCUGGAACCUCGCCCUUUCGAACACCGAUGACUGCUUCCACAUCCCCCAGCGCACCUCGGCGACCAAAACUUCAUUGGAGCGGUGGGACUACGAUGUACAUUCUCGAUAGCAUGCCGCCGUCUGCGGCAGAGGUGCGCUCGACAAUGCAAUCCUAUGGGCUCCCUGAUGUCAUUUACCAGGACGCGUUUUACAGCAAGGAUGAGGACGUGCCACCGAGGCCAAGAGAAUAUGCUGGUAGGGAAUACCGACUGGAAGGCAACACAGUUCCGUACCUGCCCGAUUUUGAUCCAACAGGUCAGUCUCCGGCUACGAAUGGGCUUAAGCCAGAACAGGCGCCCGAUCUUUCAGAGAUGGAGUCGGCGUUCGAACGACGGCAACUCCGGUGCUCCUUGAGGAGUUGGGAGAUAGCCCGCCCCCCUCCGACCUUUGCUGAGGUCAAGAAAUGGUGGGACGAGAAGGUCAAGGCCAGGGCACAAAAGGAUCAAGGGGUUCAGUCUCACCGGCCGCCACCUGUAACACAAGGGCAGAGGACAGACCCGUCUCAGAUCGUCGGCCCUACACCGAGGAACAUAUAUGGCUUCAAGUACUCGCAGAGGCAAAAAUCGACUAGCGUCCAGCACGAGGCGCAGUACAUGAGCACAAUGAGCCUCGAGAUACACGUCAACAGCAGGGGAAAGCUGGUUCCAAACCCGGAGCAUGACGAGGUCCAGUGCAUCUUCUGGUGUCUGAGGUCCGACGAGCAAUGCCUGCUCGGCAGCCAGUCUGCCGACAACACAAUAUGCGGUAUCGUUGUCCUCUCGGAAGACGGCGACCUGGCCAAGCAGAUACGCAGCCAGACUUCUGUCGAGGUGGUUGAAGAAACCUCGGAGCUUGACCUCAUGGUCAGGAUGGUGGAGAUUGUGCGGGCGCAUGACCCAGAUAUACUCACGGGAUACGAAGUCCACGGCAGCUCUUGGGGUUAUCUGAUUGAGCGAGCAAUGCUCAAGUAUGACUACGACCUGUGCAAUGAGUUCUCGCGCACCAAAUCCGAGUCAUUCGGCAGGUCGGGCAAGGACGCCGACCGGUGGGGUUUCAGGACCACGUCCAUGCUCCAUGUGACGGGCAGGCACAUCAUCAACAUCUGGAGGGCCAUGCGAGGCGAGCUCGACCUUCUCCAGUACAGCAUGGAGAACGUGGUCUGGCAUCUCCUGCACCGUCGUAUCCCGCACUUCUCUUGGCGGGCUCUGACAGACUGGUGGUUGAGCGGACGCCCCCGAGAUAUCGGCAAGGUUCUGCGUUAUUACCUCAGGAGGACGCGCAUGGACAUUGAGAUAUUGGAGGCCAACGAGCUAAUUCCCCGAACUAGCGAGCAGGCGAGGCUCCUUGGCGUGGAUUUCUUCUCUGUCUUCUCGAGGGGCUCGCAGUUCAAAGUCGAGUCUAUCAUGUUCCGGAUCGCCAAGCCGGAGAACUUCCUGUUGGUUUCGCCCAGCAGGAAGCAGGUUGGUGCCCAGAAUGCCUUGGAGUGUCUACCCCUGGUAAUGGAGCCACAUAGCGCCUUCUACCCCAGCCCGUUACUGGUCCUGGACUUCCAGAGUCUCUACCCUAGCGUGAUGAUUGCGUACAACUACUGCUAUUCGACAUGCCUCGGUCGCAUUGUCAGCUGGCGUGGGACCAACAAGCUCGGCUUCACCGACUACCGGAGAAGGGAAGGGCUACUCAAGCUCCUAAAAGACCACAUCAACAUCGCCCCGAACGGAAUGAUGUACACCAAGCCCGAGAUCCGCAAGUCGCUCCUCGCCAAGAUGCUCACAGAGAUCCUAGAGACCCGGAUGAUGGUCAAGAGCGGCAUGAAGGAGGAUAAGGACGACAGGACGCUCCAGAAGCUCCUCAACAACCGGCAGCUUGCGCUGAAACUCCUUGCCAACGUCACCUAUGGGUAUACGUCAGCCUCCUUCUCUGGCAGGAUGCCGUGCUCCGAGAUUGCCGACAGCAUCGUGCAGACGGGCCGUGAGACUCUCGAACGAGCCAUUGCCUACAUUCACUCGGUCGAGCGAUGGGGUGCAGAGGUCGUCUACGGCGACACCGACAGCUUGUUCGUCUACCUCAAGGGGAAGACGCGAGAGCAGGCGUUCGACAUCGGCGCCGAGAUCGCCGAGGAGAUUACCAAGCUCAACCCGCGGCCGGUGAAGCUCAAGUUCGAGAAGGUCUACCACCCGUGCGUGUUGCUCGCCAAGAAGCGGUAUGUCGGCUACAAGUACGAGAGCCGCGAUCAGACCGUGCCAGAGUUCGAUGCGAAGGGGAUCGAAACGGUCCGGCGCGAUGGCACACCGGCGGAGCAGAAGAUCGAGGAGAAGGCGCUCAGGAUUCUCUUCGAGACGGCCGACCUCAGCCAGGUCAAGGAGUAUUUCCAAUCCCAGUGCUCCAAGAUCAUGCGGGGCGCCGUCUCCGUCCAGGAUUUCGUCUUCGCCAAGGAAGUGCGGCUAGGUUCCUACAGCGCCAAAGGGCCCGGUCCGCCGGGGGCCCUCAUCAGCACGAAGCGCAUGCUCGAGGACCAGCGCGCGGAACCGCAAUACGGCGAGCGGGUGCCGUACGUGGUCAUGGCGGGGGCGCCGGGGGCGCGGCUCAUCGACCGGUGCGUUGCGCCCGAGGACCUGCUCAACGACCCACACGCGUCGCUCGACGCCGACUACUAUAUAUCCAAGAACCUCAUCCCGCCGCUCGAGCGCAUCUUUAACCUCGUCGGGGCCAACGUCCGCGCCUGGUACGACGAGAUGCCCAAGGUCCAGCCGGUCCGCCGCCUCGAGACCACGUCGGCCCUCACGGCUACUACGCGCGCCACCACCGCGAACAGGCACGGCAACAACACCGGCAGAGAUACCGGCAAGAAGACACUCGAGUUCUUCAUGUCUUCCACCUCCUGCCUAGCCUGCAACGUCAAGAUGUCCUCCAAGCCGGUCGACGAGCAGCAACGGCCCCUCCCCCUGUGCGGGCGCUGCGCGGCCGCCCCGUCGACGACCAUGGCGCUCCUGCGGGCGCGGCUGAGCGCGGAGCAGAGGCGGUACGACGACGUCGUCAGGGUGUGCCAGAGCUGCGCCGGGUUCGCGCCGCUCGAGGGCGAGGUGCCGUGCGACAGCCGGGACUGCCCCGUCUUCUACACGCGUGUCAAGCAGCGCGCCCGCGUCGCGGCCGAGAGGCGGACGCUGGAGCCCGUGCUGGGCCGGUUGGGCGCCAGGGUCGAGCAGGGAGGGGGGAGCGACGGGCUGGAUUGGUGAUGAUGUGAUGAGUCACGCACGACAUGUUGGGAAUGUAACUGCACGUACGUGCGAGAGGAUCCGGGGCCGCCGAACAAACAUUCGGGCCCGGGGACAUUCAUGAUCGAUGAUGGUGGAGCGUAAAGAAGUGGUUCUGAUCUGCUGGAUUGUUUUCGAUUUCGGAGUUGGACGAGCGAGCAUCGGGGGAGUUUAGGGCCUGGUGUGGUUUGUAGCAUUGCAGUUUACAGGGGAGGGAAAAGUGCCAACAAGAGCACAGGGAUGGAUAGAAUAGGCACACCUUACGACAACAACGACGAAUGAGCCAUGAUUUUACUAUCAGACUGGGUUAUGGGUUACACUUCUGGUAGAUGAUCAAUACGGACUCUGCUAGAGGGAGGGACACGAGAUCGCGGCU